AUGGCAUCCCCCCGCGAGAGAAACAACACCAAGUACGCCUCUGACGACGAGACGUCGGAAGCGCCCAGCGAGCAGCCCCAGGAGAAGCCCCAGCGUCGCACGCGCACCAAGAGCAAGCAGAUGCAGAAGCGCAACCAGGGCCAGCAGCAGCAACAGCAGGGCGGCGGCGGUCCCCUCGGCGGCCUGACCGACGGCGGUGUCACGAACGGCGUCCAGAACACGCUAGGCAACGUUGCCGGCGGUGCCCUGGGCGGUCAACAAGGCGGCGGCGGCAGCGACAAGAGCGAUACGCUGCGGUUGCGUCUGGACCUCAACCUCGACAUUGAGAUCACGUUGAAGGCGCGCAUUCACGGUGACCUCGAGUUGGCUCUCUUACAAGGACGGGCUAGUUAG